AUGAGCAUUGACUUCACCCGGGACUUGCUCAUGCGAGCCUUCUUCUGGCGCGGCGACGACGUCGUGUGCCAUUCCGCACUCUGCCUCUUUGACUCCGGAUCAAUACUUAACAUACAGCAGGAGACAUUAAACGAAGAAAGUCAUUCGGAAACCUGCAACAAAAAGAAAACUUUUACUCCAAAUCGAAGUAAUGAUGUGGAAGUCAAUAGACAGGAAAUUACUUUUCUCAAUCAAAAUGAUGUUUUGGAGACGAUAUAUUUGGCAUCGGAUGAAAUGUUGGAAUCGAUACAAUUCGAAGAUUCUACUAUUGUUAAAAUUUUGGUGAACAACAACAGUAAACAUCGCAUUCAAGUUGUUGCCUGGAACGAAGAAAUUGAUCGUAUAAAUUUUUAUAUACAACCAAAUCGAAUUGUGCAUAUUGAUGGUGCUAAGGCUAAAAAGGUAAAAAUACCUGAAUUCAACCAAGGGACACUUCAAUACGAACUAAUUAUUCGAUCCAACACGACAAUAAAUACGUUGGGUAAUUUUGACCUAAAAAAAAACAUUCAAGCGAUGCAACCACAAUUAGUGGAAUUGUGUGAUGUACCUCAAUAUCUUAAUGCAUGCAUUAUUAUACGUGGAUACAUUAAAACGAAUUUUAAUAAAUUUCUAAAUAGUUUUAAAACAAUUGGCUGCGGAUCCAUUACAGAUAAGAUGUAUAAAUUGGAGAUACAAAUAGUAAAUUAUGAUAAUGAUGUCUACUUUGACAAGGGGCAAAUGAUUGAAAUGAAAGGAUAUGUAAAAAUUAUGAAUGACAUAUUUUAUUUGGAGAUUGAUCAUUCAACAGACAUAAAGCAAAUAGGAGAGGAAAAGUUAUCAUUUCAACAAUUAUUGUUGGGUACAAGACCAAUUGUAAAAAAAACAUCCAAUGAAGAUUUAGGAUUACCACCACGCAAAAUGAUUCGAAAAUAAUGAUUCUUUUCCAUUUUAUUAAAUAAUAUGUGAAAAUAAUUCUAAUAUUUAAAAAAAUUUUUUUUUAACGCGUUCACAAUGUUUGGUUAUAAUUAGUUUCACUUUCGUGUUAUUUAAACGUUAUAAUA